AAUACUAUGAUAGGAGCAACUAUUAAUUAGUGAUAUUCUAUCUUCUUUUUAAUUUUCAGCUCAAGGAUUCAGAGCUUGAAGACAAUGACUGGAGUUUGUACUUGAAACUUGCAGUUGCUACAACCAAUAAGAGCUUUGACGUUUCCAGACUCAGUCUGGCCAAUUUGAAGAUUCUGAAAGUGGCUACUGAAAGUAACCAGGGACUUGGAGACUACAAUGCAGUUUUCUACAUAGAGUACGAGGACUCUUGUGAGGCUCGAGUUGGUAAGGAUGUCCAUCGCGCUGCUAUUGUCAGAAGAAUCUUGGAUAAGCAGUCGGAAGUCGUGCGUCUCCUUGGUCAUAAUCAGAGCAUAAACAAAAGUGCUGCCAUGGAAGCUGGCUCGUCCUCUGCACAAGACUAGAUCCGUUUGAGUAUAUGUGGAUCAAGAAUAAUAAACUCCAUCGGUGGAAUGCUUUUUAUGCAAUUUGUGUGUUGUUCUACAUUUAUUUAUUUAUUUUAUGCAGAAGUAGAGCUAUUGAAUCACAUUCACUAAACAACAAGUAGACCAAUAUAUAUUUAUGCACAAGUAGUCUACUUUGUAAAUAUCAAAGAGAUGAUUUAAUGUAGGUGGCGUCAUCGCUUGCGUCAACGUCAACUAACUUGCAUAAAAGUAGCACAUGUUUGACUUGCCAAAGACAAUCGAGCGUGACUUGAUUGUCUCCCAAGUAAUUAAUUGUUUUAACGAAAAGUCUUCGCUGCUUCUCUCUCAUUUAGUAGUACUAUAUAAACAACUCACUAUAGAUACACAUUAAUUCAGACAAGUUAUAAUAAGUACUCAAAGUAAACUCCAGAUCUAAAAACUGAAACAAAAAUGGAAGAAAUCGGAAUAGUUAUUGUCGGCGGCGGAAUCGCUGGUCUCGCCACUUCGCUUGCUCUUCAUAGGAAAGGAAUAAAGAGUGUUGUGUUGGAGAGAGCCGAGAAAGUGAGGUCGGAAGGAGCUGGAAUUGGAACUCUUACUAAUGGUUGGAGAGCUCUUGAUCAGCUUGGCGUCUCUGAUCGUCUUCGACUCACGUCUAAUCUUAUUCACAAAGCACGGACCAUGUUGAUUGAGGAUGGGAAGAAAAAACGAGCAUUCGUUUUAAACAUCAAAGACGAAGCUCGUUGUAUUAGAAGGAACGAUCUGGUUGAGGCCUUAGCGGAUGCUCUCCCUGAUGGAACCAUCCGGUUCAAUUCCCAAAUUGUUUCGAUUGAAGAGGACGAAACUACGUCGUUUCCGAUCGUUUGCUUAUCCAAUGGAAAUACGAUCAAAGCCAAGGUCUUGAUUGGAUGCGAUGGUGCGAAUUCUGUCGUCAGUGAUUAUCUGCGGUUAGGCCCGAAAAAGGCGUUUGCCUGUCGUGCGGUGAGAGGGUUCACUAAUUACCCAAACGGCCACGGAUUUCCACAUGAGCUUCUAAGGAUGAAGACAGGCAACGUCUUAGUCGGAAGACUUCCUUUGAACGCCAACCAAGUCUUUUGGUUUGUAGUGCAUAUGCAAGACAGUCAACACAACGGUAAGGAUCAAAAAUCGAUCGCAAAUGUGACUCUAAAAUGGGUCGAUGAGUUAUCUGAAGACUGGAAAGAAAUGGUGAAAAUAUGCGAUGUGGAGUCAUUAACGUUGACACACUUAAGGUACCGUUCCCCGUGGGAAAUCAUGUUCGGGAAAUUUAGACGUGGGACCGUGACUGUUGCUGGCGAUGCAAUGCACGUGAUGGGUCCAUUCCUCGGACAAGGCGGCUCGGCUGCGCUAGAGGAUGCGGUUGUUCUCGCUAGAUGUCUAGCUAGGAAAAUGGGUCCGGACCAUGGAGACUUGUUAAAGGAUUGUUCGGUGAAAAGCAUUGAAGAAGCUAUCGAUGAGUAUGUGAAUGAACGUAGGAUGAGACUAGUCGGGCUUUCGACGCAGACGUAUUUGACGGGACGGUCGCUACAGACCCAGUCAAUGGUCAUCAGGCUCAUGUUUAUUGUGUUGUUGGUGCUGUUGUUUGGGCGUGAUCAGAUUCGUCAUACUAAAUACGAUUGCGGCCGACUCUAGAAACUUGAUGGACACUUUAUAACUAGUUUUAUAGUGUGAGGUUUUGUGCUUUAGUUAUCGUUUUAAGUCAUACGAAUACGACUCGGCUGACUCUAGAAACUUUGUCAUCUUACUUGGAUUUCUCUUCUUUUUAAAAACUAUAAUUUCAAAUUUUAUGUAAAUUUGGUGUUUUAUGUUUAUCUGUUAAAUUCUAUAUAAGGCCGUACAUCUAAAUCA